UUUUCUCUUUUUGCUAAAAUAUUUGCUAAAACAUUUUUAUUCCUACCAAACGCACGAUAUGUCAUUCUUAGCUAUCUUCAAAUUUGCAGAAGUAAUGAAGGAAUUGGUUAAAGUACGACCUGAUUUUGCUUCGAAGAAUGACUUGAAUGGGUGUAGUCCGUUACAUAUAGCAUGCAGCAAAGGCCACUUAGAUAUAACAAGAGAACUGCUAAAACUGGACAUGGAUCUUUCUGCCUUACAAGAUAAUGAAGACAGAACUCCACUUCAUUGGGCAGUCAUUAAAGGAAGAGUGAACAUUGUCGCUGAGAUACUCUCGGUGAGUCUUGAAUCUUCUGAAAUGAUUACCAAACAUGGAGAGACUGUUCUACAUUUGGCUGUCAAGAAUAACCACUUUGAAGUGCUUAAAUUCUUGAUGGAGAGUCUUAACGUUUCAAAUCUCAUGAACAUUCAAGAUACUGAUGGAAACACCAUUCUUCAUUUGGCUACUGUUAGGAAACUCACGACGAUGGUUAUUUAUCUACUUAAGCUUGGGGUAGAAGUAAAUGCUUUGAAUCAGAAAGGAUAUACAGCAUUAGAUGUAGUUGAAGCAGAUGCAAGUAACUCUGGUGCUCUUGCAAUUAUCCCAGCAUUACAAAAAGCCGGUGCCAAAAGAUGUGACCAAUUACCACCAAGUUUACAAGACAUCCAGCAAGUUGUAUCACCGAAUUUGGGGUCAUGGCCAAGAAAAAUUAGUACUACUACUAGUACUUUUCAAUCUCCAUCCUCAUCUCAACAUUCUUAUUAUCAUCAUCAAAGGAAACAUAACAACAAUAAUUAUCGCGCUACAAGGAGAAAGAAAAUUGAGCUCCAAAGUGAAGGUUUAAGAAAUGCAAGAAAAACCAUAACAAUUGUUGCAGUACUAAUAGCAACUGUCACAUUUGCUGCUGGAGUUAAUCCUCCUGGUGGAUUUAAUCAAGGAAGUGGAAAAGCUCUUUUGGGUGAAAAAACGGCCUUUAAGGUGUUCUUGGUAUGUAACAUUGUGGCUCUUUUUCUUUCCCUUGGAAUUGUUAAUGUUCUUGUUAGUGUUAUUCCAUUCAAGAGAAGAUCCAUGAUGAAACUAAUGGUGGCAACACAUAAAGUUAUGUGGAUUUCUACUUUUUUUAUGGCAUCAGCUUAUAUAGCUGCAAUAUGGUCAAUAUUGCCACAAGGAAAAGGGGCUAAUUGGGUACUAAUUGAGGUUGUGGUUAUAGGGGGAGGGUGCACUAUGGUUGUGUUUCUCAGUUUGGGAAUUUUGUUGGUUAGACAAUGGAAAAGGAAGACUGAUUGGAGAAAAAGAAGAGAUGAUAAGAAGCUAAAAGAUGAAAGUCCUAAGAGUAAUAUUAGUAGAGUUGAAGAAAUGAAAGUUGUGAAGAAAGAAAGUCGUGAGGGUAGCAGUAACUCAGAUGUUGAUAGCUCAGAUCAAGGUUAUCAUUUGUAUUAAUUAAUCAACUACCUACAUUGAUAGAUUUGUAUUAGUCUUCUUGUUGAGAAUAAUUAAUUAAAGCCAUAUACAUAUUAGUUCCUCUUAUAUAUGACCGUAUAAUCAGUUGACAGAUGCUAUAAUUAAUUUAUUUGUCGAAAGUCCAUUAAUAAGGAUUUCUAGUCAUUGUUUAACUUUAGAUCAUAUGCAUUUUGUUAUCAACAUUUUUAUGAU